AUCGACCAUGCACGAAGUAAAUUUUAAUCUUGUUGGUUGUAGUGCAAAAGAAGAAGUGAUAAAUGGAAUAUAAAUAAAUUUUGACAUUUAAACAUGACAUACUGAGCAUAUUUGAAACAUUUUAAAUUUUAAUUUUUUUUUCUGAAGCACCUGAAGAAGUUUAUGGUGGAUUAUGUCAUAACCUCCUCGGCUUCAGAAGUCUGUCAUUAGACCAAGGAUGCAAGGAUGCAGCUUAAUGCAAAGCCUCCAUUAGACAUCAAACCUGUUAUAGGUAUUAACAAUGCUAAUGACAGACGUACUGAUUGUCGAUACAAAGCAAACAUUUCAGAAGUUGCUGAACAGUGCAGUUAAUAGGUGCAGAGGUGGUGCUGAGUGAUUCAUUCAGCCAUCUCUAUCUUUUUACAACAUCUGUGUGUCUCUCCAUGCACACACACACACACACACACACACGCUCAGAUACGCCCUCCUUCAGUACCUCUCUCACAAUCUCGCCGUCUCUCCAGGGCAAAGCAUUACCUCACCCACUUGACUUGGCAGCUGGACCGUGAGCUUACAGCAUGGGGACGCCCCUUCUCAACCAAACCCAGAGCAGCACCGCUGCCGGAGGUCAGCAGGAGGCGAUACGCGUGAUCCAGAUCGUAAUCACGACCCUCAUCUUUCUGGUGGGCAUCCCGCUGAAUAGCCUGGUGGUUUGGGUGCUGGGCCUGCGGAGGGGCUGGCGCGGCAAGGGCAUGGAGGGGCGCAGUGCCGGCAGCUUCCGCACCUACGUGGUGAACCUGGCACUGGCCGACCUGGUGCUGCUGCUGAGGACGCCGCUCAUGCUGGGCUACCUGGCCCAUCACAACACGUGGCCCUUCGGCCUGACCGCCUGCCGCCUGAUCAUGUUCCUGCGAGGCCUGGGCCUGUAUGCCAACGCCUUCCUGCUGUGCGUUAUCUCCAUGGAGCGCUGCCUCUGUCUGAUCAGGCCACUCUGGUUCCGGAUGCGCCGAUCCCGCUGGACUGUGCCGCUGGUCUGCUUGGUGCUCUGGGUGCUGGCCAUCUCCCUGUCGACGCCCUAUGUGGGCACUGCCAUCCUCAUAAAUGAAACCCAGUGCUGGGAGAGCGACAGGGACCACCCGGGCUCAGUCUGGGCCCUCUUCGUCACAGAGUCUGUCCUCGGCUUCAUUCUGCCGCUGCUCAUCUUCCUUACCAGCAACAUGGUGGUCCUGGUCACCGCCCGGCAGGCCAGUGAGGCAGUGUCGCCAGUGUCCAACUCGUCCUCUGUCACAUCACUGCGCUUCACCAGGCUGUACCGUGUGCUCUUCCUCACCAUGCUCUUCUUCCUCACCUGCUGGGUGCCCUACUACACCUUCCGGUCCGUGAUCUCCCUGAAGGGUACCCGGGAGUUGUGGGUCACCAAGGGCCUAUACGUGUCCCUCUACCUGGUCUACCUGAAGAGUGCACUCAACCCGCUGCUCUACGUGUUCGCCACACGGGGGCUCAGCCGCACCAUCCGUGCUUCGCUCCUGUCCACCGUCGAUCGCAUCUUCAACGACGACACGUCGGACUACAGCCGGCGGCGGUCCCUGCGCAAGCAGGAUUCCCAGCUCUAGCCAAAGAUGUAGAUUUGGGUAUGCAUGGUCUGGACGUUCUAAUAUUGUGGAAAUACUGUAUGCAUUCAGGGAAGUAGGGGGGUUGGGGGUCAUUUGGUCCCUACAGUAAACCUACACUCUUGAUUCUAUCCAAAAUCCAAGCAAACUUGGCCUGAGGCCUUGGUCAGAUGCAUAUGCACCAGUAUUCUGAGUUCCCAGGGGGUAAAUUCCGCGCCUACAUUUCUUGUCCUUAACCGCGGAGCCUGUUAGCCCAAAUGGGACAAAAUGUGAAGUACUGCUUCAAGCUAAUUAUUGGAGAUGGACAGUUUCAUCACGGCAGUGGCAGCAUCUGACAGGUGAAUAAUGUCCCAGGCGUAUCAUGGGGCGUCUUCAUGUGUAGCAUUUACGGAACUGCAACUGCAUGCACAAAGAGCCGUUCUUCACUCAGUUGUGUUUGAUAAUUUGCUUCUAUUUUCACAUACACAUCAAAGUGUUUUUGGCAUUAAUUGCUGCAAUCCGAUAAGCAUUUAUUUUUUUAAUAGUGUUAUUUAAGUUUGUAAGCAAAAAAUAAAUAAAUACGACCAUGUACAUCGGCAUUUAAUCAAAACAUUUCGAUAUGUUCACGGACACUUCUGCAUGUUUUGCCAACAAGGAUCCGUUUCUGUGAUAUCCCACCAAAUCCUGACGACCAGUCGCUGCUGUUUUUGGGAAAUGCAUCUCAGAUCUGCUCAAAUUUGCGUUGGCUGCUCAAACCACGGUACACCACUCCUAAACCAAUCACAGAAAACCCACACCUCUUGGCAGUGACUCUUAACCAAUCAAAAUCUGAUGUGUGUAAUCUCUGGUUUACGUAUUUAUUUAUUUAUCAGAUGAUUAUCCAAAGCAAUAUACAUUUUUUUUUGUGUGCGAGAAAUCAGGGUCAGACAGUUUCUGGAGCAACUGGGGGUUAAGGGUCUUACUCGCGUUUAUUGACACUGCUAACCUUAUGGUCAGGAAUCAGGAACCUUCCGGUCACAGGCAGAGCAAUCUAACCCGCAGAGACACAUUUGGUUUAUUUAGUUGGGUGUGAAGGAGAUCGCAAUGCAUUAAGAAUUGUAUGUCUGUUCCUACUACAGAGUUGUAGGCAUCAGUGGGCUCCAUACACUCUGGCACUUAAAGAGAUUCUAGCAGUGGCAGUGAAGCUCGUCCAAUGAGACUGGUCCCUGGGCAGGGAGACAGCUAGACCCGGCAAAGGAUAGAUGAUCGAGGCACAGUGUGGGGUCGCCCCUGCCAACUCACAGCAUGUGAACCGUGCCAAUGCUUAAUUUCCCUCAAACAUCCUGAACAACUGUCAACUCUGGCUUCCUGUUUUCUAUCCUGUGGUGGCAAUGAAGAUAUUUCUGAUAAAACCAAGCAUAUAUGAGGUCUCCUUUCUAACCUCUGAAAGUGUUUGCAAAACCCAUCGAUGCACUUAACUGCAUUUGAGUCCCUCAGCUUGGGAACAGAGAGUAGAGGACAGGGGCAGUUUUCCGGGGGGGGGGGGGGGGGGGGGACAGCAUGCAUGCCCCCCCUAAAUAUUUAUGCCACUUGAGUCAUUAAAUAUAUGUAUUAUUAUCAUUA